AUGGAAUCUGAAUUAGAUUUGUUGAGACAGAGAAUUACCACUUCUACACAAUUGCCUAUUCCAUCACCAAUUAAUGAUGAGGAUGAUAGCACUGAUUCUAUAAAUUUAGAACAGGAACAAAAUUCUAUCUCUCUCGAAGGUAAUCCUAAUAAUAUUUUGAAUCAUAAAUCGACAGAAGAAAAGAAAUUAGAUGAUUUUCUGAAUCGAGUGACAAAAGAAAAGGUUAGUAAUUUGAUGAGAGAUCGAAAUCAGAAAAAGAAAAUAUUACAGAGUAAUGAAGAUCCCACUUCUGAGGAUAUUACAGCUGAGGCUCAAAGUACCAUUAUUGCGGGCAAUGAACCUACAUUCUCUUCCGAAAUAGCAGAAGCUAGUACAACAGUGCUAAAAUUUCCCUAUAAUCAAAGAGUAGAACAAG